AUGAGGCGAAGACAUGCCGUCGAAGACAACACACAGUCCGGGGAACCAAUCGGCAGAUCAUCUCAUGUCAGACACCAGUCAUUAAGUGCAGCACUCGAUGACAGACAACACAACAAUACUAUUGACCCUAUAGUCCCGUCGACAACAACAACUACUACUUGCAGUCCCGACAGUCAAUCGGUGGACAUUUGGCGAUAUAAUACAUUAUACGAUACGGCAGAUCUAACUGCCACUACAACUGACCCAUCACUGGCCACAAUCAGCACCACUUCCAGUCCCGACAGACAAUCGAUUGACAAUAAACGGCAUUAUAAUUCGGACUCCGAUAUCGAACUCAUUGGUAGAGUUCCGGCGCCCAAAAGGCCCGCACGUAACCGAUCGCCCGUUGAUAUCAAGCCAUCGCUCAUAGACUCCAUACCUGUGCCGGAAAUAGUCAAUAAACCGCCCGUAGAGACCAUUACAAUAACCAAAGGUGGGAAUGAGUUAAUACAUGAAUUGGCUCCGGGUAUACGUCGGGUCAGACUUCGCACGCCAUCGCCUCCACCCCCGGCCACACACUAUGAGUGGUCGUCGGGAACAUUGGUUCACAGAUAUAGCCGUCGUUGCGAUUAUUGCGUUGAAUGGUUUGAUACGACCGAUGAUUAUCUCUCGCACACGCGGGCCGUUCACGGGACGGGUCAACCGCUAAAGGGGCGGACCAUAACAAAGCCCGGGACCGGACAAAAGUGCCGGACCGUACCGUGCGAUGAUUGCGGCCGAUAUUUCUACAACGAGUUUGGUUUAAGUCAACACAAAAAGGCUAAACAUUUAAAUUAA